GGGUGAGGGUGAUGAUGAAGAGGAUGACCGAAGAUGAUAAUGAUCAUGUCAUCUCUACAGGUGGCAGAGCGAGCUUUGUAUUACUGGAAUAACGAGUACAUCAUGAGUCUGAUCAGUGACAACGCCGCCAUGAUCCUCCCCAUCAUGUUUCCUGCUCUCUACAAGAACUCCAAGAGCCACUGGAACAAGACGAUCCAUGGUCUGAUCUACAACGCUCUGAAACUCUUCAUGGAAAUGAACCAGAAACUGUUUGACGACUGUACCCAACAGUACAAGGCUGAGAAACAGAAAGAGAAAUACAGAGUGAAGGAGAGAGAGGAGAUCUGGCACAAGAUCGAAGAGCUGGCCCAACAGAACCCACAGACCAACAAGCUCCACCCUCUCCGUCCUGGACUCCACCCACAGGAUGAGUAUAUGUUUUACAGUGAAAGUACUGUAGCUGUGUACUCGAUGGAAACAGAAACUCCGACAGUUGAAGACAUUCAGCUACUGAAGAAGACUGUGGAGAGUGAGGCCUCACAGGGUGUGAAGAAGGACCAGGCUCUGAUGAGGAGAAAGUCUGAACUUCCUCAGGACGUCUUCACCAUCAAAGCUCUGGAGGCUCAUAAGAGAGCGGAGGAGUAUCUGACAGCCAAUCAGGAGGCUCUCUGACCUCCAAUCCGUUUCUUAGGGGACGAAGUUAACGUUGUCACAGAGACGCUGUUCCGGGGUCAUGAGGGCGGAGCUGACGUUGCGUUCUUAACAAAAAGAAAAGAAAAAGCCUCUCACCUCUGCCCCAUUGCAGCUGACAACAGGAAGGACACUGUUAAAACUCCACCCUGUCCUCAUCAUCACUUCGCCUGUCGCUGUGUAAACACCACCUGAACCACAGGUCCCUGAACGCACCAUCAACAGCUCCCUGAACGCCUCACAGACAGGUCCCUGAACUGCACACGCCGCCAAGAGUUCCCUGAACUGAACGCACCACCAACAGCUCCCUGAACGCCUCAUAGACAGUUCCCUGAAUGCACCGCGAACAGGUCUCUGAACCCCUCACAGACAGGUCCCUGAAUGCAACGCCAACAGGUUCCUUAACCACAGGUCCCUGAACGCACCACCAACAGGUCCAGAACCCCUAACAUACAGGUCCCUGAAUGCUUAGCUAACAGGUCCCUGAACACACCACUAGUAGGUCCAUGAACGCACCGCCAACAGGUCCAGAACCCCUAACAUACAGGUC